CCAGGGUGGACUACGUUUGAUGGACAGCGAGAAACCUGGACGCGGCAGCUGCGACUUUUUAAUUGCUCCCGUUAUUCGACUUCUGAUCAAACCUUUCGCUCGUGCUGUCGUCACCUUGUAACAGUAACCGUUUGCCUUUCCUCGCAGUUUAUAUGACAGCAGUGGAACAACACCCACCAUGACUGCCCCGUGUCAGAAGUUACCAUGCUAACCACCGUUAGCCGCUGCCCCGCUGCUACUUGACGUAGCUAUGUUUUUAUUUUAUUUUUUCAACCUGACCUGAAACCUCCGGCGUAAAGAGCACCGGUCUGAUAGUAACGGGGCUUUUCUGUUUUUGCUACAAGCAGUAACAAGGAGCAUUUGGACAGUUUCCCGCUGUUGGAACACGAAGCUAUCACAGAAAUGGGACUACACCCGCUGGAGUUCAGUGAGUGCUAUCUGGACAGCCCCAGCGUCAGGGAGAAGAUAAAAGCACACGAAGCAGAGCUGGACAAAACCAACAGGUUCAUCAAAGAACUGUACAAAGAUGGAAAGAACCUCAUCAACGCCACAAAACAGCUUGGGAUGGCACAGCGGAAGUUUGCCCAUUGCCUUGGAGAGUUUCAUUUCGAGUACAUUGGGGAUGCAAAGACAGAUGAUGAGAAAUGCAUUGAUGAGUCUUUACAAGAGUUUUCAUCGUUCCUUAAGAACCUGGAAGAACAAAGGGAGCUGAUGAUGAAAAAUAUCACCGAAACUUUAAUGAAACCUCUGGAGAAGUUCAGGAAAGAGCAGCUCGGUGCAGUAAGGGCGGAAAGAAAGAAGUAUGAAAAAGAAACAGAAAAGUAUUACAGCUCUCUGGAAAAGCUUUUGAAUAUGUCGGCGAAGAAGAAGGAGCCACAAUUACAAGAGGCAGACGUCCAGGUGGAAACCGUGAGACAGCACUUUCAGGAGGAGUCACUUGAUUACGUGUGCAAAUUACAGGAGAUCCAAGAGAGAAAGAAGUUUGAUUGUGUGGAGCCGAUGCUGGCCUUCUUCCAGACUGUGUUCACCUUUUACCAUCAGGGCUACGAGCUUGCCAAGGAUUUUGAUCAUUAUAAAAGAGCACUGCAGAUCAAUAUUCAGAAUACAAGGAAUCGAUUUGAGGGCACGAGGUCUCAGGUGUAUGAGCUGAAGAAGAGGAUCAGAGAGGCGCCUCAAGAAUACAGACAGACCAGCCCAAUUAGUUUUGAAGGUUACCUCUAUGUACAGGAAAAACAUGAGAAGAGCAAUGAAGUGGAUCUGUCAGCCAGUGAAGAAUGGGACAUCAAGACAAUCACAAGUGCACUAAAGCUUUAUCUCAGGAGCCUACCUGAGCCAUUGAUGACCUAUGGACUUUACAAAGAGUUCAUCAACCCUGCAAAGGGCGGUAGUCCCGAGUCUCGCAUCCAGGCCGUCCACUGUUUGGUCCACAAACUACCAGAGAGGAAUCGACAAGUCCUCGGGCUACUUAUGAAGCAUCUGGCCAAUGUGGCAGCUCACAGCAAAAUGAAUCUGAUGACUGUGGCAAACCUAGGCGUGGUGUUCGGCCCCACGUUAAUGAGGCCACAGGAGGAAACCGUCGCUGCCAUUAUGGAUCUCAAGUUUCAAAACAUUGUGGUGGAGAUCCUUAUUGAGCACCAUGAAAAGAUUUUUACAGACGCUCCUGACCUGAGCCCUCUUUCACCUGUCGGACCAGUGUUUUCUGCCCCCACGAGGCAGUCCAAAAAACAGAGUCGCCAGAACCGGCCCCUAGCAGUCUACAAUCCACAAGUCCUUGACAUUCAGAAUGCAAUAGUAGAUGGCUCUAACCUAAUGGCAGAUGAGACGUCAAUGGGCAGCAACGAGUCGGUUUCAUCGCAGUCAUCGUCAGCCUCAGCCUCAGAGCUGCCUGCAGAGAAGGAUGACCUCACCACGCUUACCGCCAGCUUCAGCUCAGGCAGCAACUCCCGAUGUCCUCCAGUUGCUUCUUCUGGAGCUCCAGGUGAAAGUCAACCUGCUGCCACGACAGCUGCUUCUGAAAAGGAAAAGCAAGAACAAAGUGUCACCGGCAGGAAAGCCAAGGCGGUGUACCCGUGUGAGGCUGAGCACGACUCUGAGCUCUCCUUCCAGGUCGGCGCAAUAUUCAGUGCCGUGACGCAGUCAAGAGAGCCAGGCUGGCUGGAGGGGGAGCUGGAAGGAAGGAGGGGCCUCAUCCCUGAAAACUACGUGGAGAUGCUGUAAAACCAGACCGAAAUAUUAAUGGACACUUUUAUUGCGUUCACCAAUGAUUCACAACAGAGCUUCUUCCCAAGUGACCACCAUAUUUUAAUUGGUAAACCGUUGUCGACACACAGGUUUACACAUUUUGUUCUGACAAGUGGGCAUCGUGCUGCAUGUGUGAGCGAGUUUUGUUUGUUUCAGUUAGUUUUGACAGCAACUUUGUCCUUGUAAUUGCAAGGAUGGGAUUACACUUGCAAUGUUUUGCAGUGUAGCGAGUGCUGUUGCCUCUUAAUGUCCGAGUCAUUUAUCUGCAGCACCAGUACAGCGGGUGUCUGCCUGAGCUCACGCUCCUCUGCCAAGUUAUCCAUGGUAUCCAUGAGCUCAGAGUCAAAG